AUGACACCUACAGCAAUGGAAUCAAGCAUAUUGAAAUGUGAAACAGACUAUAGCGACUCGUCUUGUCUAGAGGUACAAAGCACAGCACAUACAGGACUGGAACCAAACUUGCCGAAAUGUGAAACAGACUUUAAUGACUUGUCUCAGCUAGAAGUACAAAGCACAGCACAUACAGGACUGGGACCAAACAUGUUGAAAAGUGAAACAGACUCUUAUGACUUGUCUCAGCAAGAAGUACAAAGCAUAACACAUACAGGACUAGAGCCAAACUUGUCGAAAUGUGAAACAGACUCUAGUGACUUGUCUCGGUUAGAAGUACAAAGCACAACACAUGUAGGACUGGAGUCAAACUUGUUGAAAUGUGAAACAUUCUAUAGUGACUUGUCUCGGCUAGAAGUAUACACCAGAAUACAUUCCAAAAAAGACAAAAAUUAUGAUGACCUACAGAAUGACAAAAAGAAUCCGUUCAUGUGUGGUGUUUGUGGUGAAGAGUACCACAUCCUUAGUGAUUUACAAUUACACAUCAAAAUACACCAAAGUGAUACAGCACACACAUGUGAUGCUGACGAAGCAAAGACUGCUACAGAGGAGAUAAGACACCGAUGUGUUUUAUGUGGCGAGGGAUUUAGUCAAACACACAGCUUACAAAUGCACAUCAGAUCUCAUAUAGGAGAAAAACUAAUGAAAUAUGAUAUUUCUGGUAAAAUGUUCGUUCAAGCAUCUUGUGAAAAAACGGACAUGGGAACACAUAUCGAUACGGUCGAGAAGCCACACCAGCCUGAAGUGCACAAUUUGUCACAUUCUGGUGAAUAUAUAUACAAAUGUGACACUUGUGGUAUGAAAUUUCAACACAACUCUGACUUACAGGAGCAUUUAAAAAUACAUCCGGAGGAGAUAUCACAUGAAUGUGAUACAUGUGGCGUAAAACUUGCAAGCGCCUCUGCCUUACGAAAACAUAGAAAAUUACAUAAAAGGAAGGCGUCACACAAAUGUGAUGCAUGUAAUGAACAAUUUGAACGUGCAUCUGACUUAAAAAAGCACGUUAAAUUACAUACAGAGAAGGAACAAUACAAAUGUGAUACAUGCAGUGAAAAGUUUGAGUGUGCCUCUGACUUAAAAAAGCACGUUAAAUUACAUACAGAGAAGGAACAAUACAAAUGUGAUACAUGCAGUGAAAAGUUUGAGUGUGCCUCUGACUUACAAAAGCACGUUAAAUUACAUACAGAGAAGGAACAAUACAAAUGUGAUACAUGUGAUGAAAAAUUUGGAUGCAGGGCUGAAUUAGGAAAGCAUAUUAAGCUUCAUAAGGGUAAAAAACCAUACACAUGUGAUGUAUGUGGUCAAAUCUUUAAACGCAAUGCUGGAUUACAGAUACACAAGAGAACACACACGGGAGAAAAGCCAUUCAUGUGCGACUUUUGUGGAAAAGGAUUUAGUCAGGCACAAGGUUUACGAUCACACAUAACAACACAUACGGGAGACAAGCCAUACAAAUGUCAUGUCUGCAGUCAGUCAUUUAGUCAGUCAGCUGGAUUACGGGCUCAUUCAAGGUUGCAUACGGGAGAGAAGCCAUACAUGUGUAAAAUCUGCGGUAAAGAAUUUAGUCAGAUGAUCAGCUUUCAAAGACACCAUCGUACACAUACAGGUGAAAAACCAUACAAAUGCGAAAUAUGUGGAAAGAAGUUUAGUCAGAGUAAUAACCUACAGAGACACUUCAGAACACACACAGGUGACAGGCCAUACACAUGCCACGUGUGUGAUAAAAGUUUCAGCCGGUCUUCUUACCUACAAGCCCACAUGCGGACACAUACAGGCGAGGCUCCAUUCAAAUGUAACAUUUGCGGUAGGUUUUUUAAUCAUGAAUCUAACAUAAAACGACACUUGAAAACACAUAGAAACGGACAAGAAUUUAAAUGUGAUUCUACUACCGAAUUAGAGAAACACGCGGUGUCACAUACAGAUGGGAUGACUGACCCUCAGCUAUGUAUAAGGGCUGAGAUCACUGGAAAACUAAAUGACUGUGAAUAUGUUAGUGGAAACUCCAUUCAGAGGAUAGAAACGGAGACACAUACAAGACAAAAGUCAUAUAACAUUGGAGAGGAGCUCAGUGUGGAAACUAUAGAGAAGAAACAAACUGGGAUACAUCUAGAGGAAUUGACAUCUGAAGAUGAUUGUGGUCGAACUGGAGAGUUGUCUAACCAACAGAACAAUACCAACUCAUAUGGAAAUAUUCUAGAGAAACAAUUUGAAUGUGGGAUCUGUAAUAAGGAGUUUUACGAAAUUUCAAACCUACAAAAACACAUGAAAACACACACGGGGGAAAAGAUUAAUGAGUGUUGA